AUGUGUGGUAUCUUUGCUUGCCACGGUCAUCCGUCGAUAGCAACCUUCAAGACCACUGCCCUUCAGUGUGUCAAAUGCCUGCGGCACCGUGGUCCUGACUGGUCGGGCAACUGGACGGGCAACAACACCAUCCUCUGCCAUGAACGCCUUAGUAUAGUGGGAGUGGACAGCGGGGCGCAGCCCCUGGUCAACGAUGAAGGGACGAUUGCGCUGGCCGUCAAUGGCGAAAUCUACAACCACCGAAUCCUGCGCAAGCACCUGACCGUCCCGUACAGCUUCAAGACUCACAGUGACUGCGAGGUCAUCAUCCCCCUCUACCAGCAAUAUGACACGGACGCCCCGAAACAUCUGGACGGCAUGUUUUCCUUCGUCCUCUAUGACAAGGACCAAGACCGGACAGUCGCAGCGCGGGAUCCCAUUGGCAUCACGUCUUUCUAUCUUGGACGGUCCAGUGAAACACCCGGUGCUGUCUUUUUCGCCUCCGAACUCAAAGCCCUCGCCUCCGUCUGCGACGACAUCGUUUCGUUCCCGCCAGGUCACAUUUACGAUUCCAAGACCGAUAAGAUGACCCGAUAUUUUGAACCAACAUGGUGGGAUCCUACUAGGGUUCCAUCCACGCCCGUCGAUUACAAGUUGAUCAGGAAGACGUUGGAAAAAUCCGUGCUCAAGCGGCUGAUGGCCGAGGUGCCUUAUGGCGUUCUGCUGUCCGGUGGUCUCGACUCGAGCUUGGUGGCUUCAAUUGCGCAGAGAGAGUCCCUCCAACAGCAAGCACUGGCCAAGCGUCAGACUAAUGGCGUCGUCAACGGCGAGGUUAAUGGUGAAGUUAACGGGUACCGAACCCCCAAAACCGGCGAGAGGUUGGUGGGCAUUGACGACGACGACGAGUUAUCAACAGUCACAUUCCUACCUCAACUGCACUCUUUCUCCAUUGGUCUUCCUGAUGCCCCUGAUACGAAAGCGGCCAUCGAAGUGGCCAAGUUCCUAGGUACCAAACAUCAUGAUUUUACCUUCACAAUCCAAGAAGGACUGGACGCUCUGUCAGAUGUCAUCUACCACCUCGAGACCUAUGAUGUCACCACAGUCCGCGCCUCCACGCCCAUGUACCUACUGUCUCGGAAAAUCAAGGCCCUGGGCGUCAAGAUGGUCCUGAGCGGUGAGGGAAGCGACGAAAUCUUUGGAGGAUAUCUGUACUUCCACGCUGCUCCAAGCAAGGAAGAGUUUCACAAAGAGACUGUCCGCAGAAUCAAGAAUCUGCAUUUGGCGGACUGUCUUCGUGCGAAUAAAUCCACGUCGGCGUGGGGCGUUGAAGCUCGCGUACCAUUUCUGGAUAAGCAGUUCCUAGAGGUUGCCAUGAACAUAGACCCGGCGGAGAAGAUGAUCACCAAGGGCCGGAUAGAGAAGUACAUUUUGCGCAAAGCAUUUGACACCACGGACGAGCCUGAUGUCGAACCUUAUUUGCCAGAGCAUAUCUUGUGGCGCCAAAAGGAGCAGUUCAGCGACGGCGUGGGUUAUGGCUGGAUUGACGCGUUGAAGGACAACGCCGAGAUCAACGUGACGGACGAGAUGAUGGCCAACCCCAAGCCGGAAUGGGGCGACGAUGUGCCGACCAGCAAGGAGGCCCACUGGUAUCGUCUGAUGUUCGAUGAGCAUUUCCCGCAGUAUUGCGCGUCGACUGUCAUGCGAUGGACUCCCACCUGGUCGAAACAGACUGAUCCCAGCGGACGAGCAAUUGCAACCCAUCUGGCGCGAUACGAGGACGAAGCUGGUUCGUGA